AUGAAUAAGUUUUUGUGGGAUUUAACGUAUUUCCAACAAAGAGUGAUUCUUGCUCCAACAAAUGAAGUAGUGGAUUCAAUAAAUAAAGAGUUAUUAGAGAGUCUGCCCGGUGAAGAAAAGGUUUAUUUUAGUUCAGAUAGUUUAUGCCAAUCGGAGGAAGAAUCAGAGCUUAAUAUGGCGUUGUUUCCUCCUGAUGUGUUAAACAAUCUUCGUUUAUCUGGUUCACCUAAUCAUAAAUUAGUACUGAAAGUUGGUGCUCCGGUGAUGUUACUCAGAAACAUUGAUCAGGCAAAUGGAUUGUGUAAUGGUACACGUUUACAAAUCACGAAGCUCGGAAAAGUUGUGAUUGAAGCAAAAAUUAUCAUAGGGACUAAUAUAGGUCAUCAUACUUUGAUUUCAAAACUGAAGAUGACACCUUCAGAUAAAAGAAUACCAUUGAAGAUUUCUCGAAGACAAUUCUCACUUUCACUUUGUUUUGCUAUGACAAAAAAUAAAAGUCAAGGACAAUCAUUGGAGCGUGUUGGUUUAUAUCUUCCACGUCCAGUGUUUAGUCAUGGCCAGCUCUAUGUUGCUAUAUCUAGAGUAAAAAGUAGGAAGGGAUUGAAAAUUUUGAUUUGUGAUAAAGAGAAACGAGUCUGUACAACCACUACUAAUGUGGUUUACAAGGAAGUUUUACAAAAUCUAUGA